UCCCUUAUUAAUGAUGAGAAAUUGGACUCUCCUCUUUCUGCCGUAAUUAUCUCUGUGCUUUUGUCAAGCAUCUUCUGGGAGAGUUAUCAUUACUCCUUUAAGUACAGGGGACAGAAACAAAACAUUCUGGCAUAUAAAUUUCUGGAUCUGCAGCUGCCUUGAGCUGUAUAUCAUUUAUCCCGACUUGGGCACCAAAACCACAUUUCAAAACUCAUCUGCCUUCAUGCACCUGACCUGCUCUCUUCACCUGCAUUUGUAACUUUCUUCCUACACAUUUGAAUACUCUGUAGAUGAGGAAGAAACACUUACCCUAAUUAUUAGUGUAGUUGAGAGCUUUUAGUUCUUAAGUGACUCUUCUCCUUAGUUACUAAGGGGAAUAGUCAAUAUUGAGAGUGAUGCUUUCAAAUAGAAUUUUCUUGAAGGAAUCUCAAGUUCUGUGAACAAUUAUUUCUGUGGCAGUAUCCAGAAUAAAGCUGGACUCUUUGCGCAGGGUGCUGAUCUCAUAUCAUUGUACCAAAUUUACCAGCAGGACUGUUGAAAGCUUAACUCUCCAAGAUGCCUGUCCCUCCCCCUCCAGCACCCCCACCCCCUCCAACAUUUGCGCUGGCAAAUACAGAAAAGCCUACCCUGAAUAAGACAGAGCAGGCUGGGAGAAAUGCUCUCCUUUCUGACAUCAGCAAAGGGAAGAAACUAAAGAAGACGGUCACCAAUGACAGAAGUGCACCGAUAUUGGACAAACCUAAAGGAGCUGGUGCUGGUGGCAGUGGUGGCUUUGGUGGAGGCGGCGGAGGUGGCGGAUUUGGUGGUGGCGGUGGCAGCAGUGGAAGUUUUGGAGGCAGCGGACCACCUGGUUUGGGAGGGCUGUUCCAGGCUGGAAUGCCGAAGCUGAGAUCCACGGCCAACAGGGAUAACGAUUCCGGCGCAAGUCGACCACCGAUUUUGCCACCAGGAGGAAGAGCCACCGCUGCCAAACCUUUUUCACCCCCAAGUGGCCCGGGAAGGUUUCCAGUGCCUUCUCCAGGCCACAGAAGUGGUCUCCCGGAGCCGCAGAGGAACCGAAUGCCUCCCCCGAGGCCUGACGUGGGCUCCAAGCCCGACAGCAUCCCCCCUCCAGUACCUAAUACGCCAAGACCCACUCAGUCAAAUCUGCACAGCCGGGGCUCCCCACCGGUGCCUGGGCCACCCAGGCAGCCCAGCCCUGGGCCUGCUCCGCCGCCUUUCCCUGGAAACCGAGGCGCCUUUGGAGGAGGCUCCAUACGUCAGGCCCCGUCGAGCUCUUCCUCGCCUUUCUCCAACAGGCCCCCCCUGCCCCCUACCCCGAGCAGGUCCUUGGAUGACAAACCUCCGCCCCCGCCUCCUCCGGUGGGCAACAGACCCUCCAUGCACAGGGAAGCGGGCCCACCGCCGCCGCCUCAGAACAGCAAACCUCCGGUGCCUUCCACCCUGCGGCCCUCCUCCUCCUCACAGGCCCCACCGCCGCCGCCGCCACCCAACAGGCCCGGCCCUCCUCCCCUGCCUCCAGGUUCCAGCGGCAGUGACGAAAUCCCAAGGCUCCCACAGCGGAAUUUGUCCCUUACUUCGUCUGCACCUCCCUUACCUUCACCAGGACGGUCGGGCCCGCUUCCUCCCCCACCCAAUGAGAGACCCCCUCCUCCAGUGAGGGACCCGCCAGGCAGAUCAGGCCCUCUCCCACCACCUCCUCCUAUGAACAGAAAUGGCAGCACUUCUCGGGCCCUUCCUGCCACCCCUCAGUUGCCAUCCAGGAGUGGGCUAGACAGCCCCAGAAGUGGGCCCAGGCCUCCUCUUCCUCCCGACAGGCCCGGAGCUGGGGCACCACCCCCACCUCCUCCAUCCACAUCAAUUAGAAACGGCUUCCAAGACUCUUCAUGUGAAGAUGAGUGGGAAAGUAGAUUCUACUUCCAUCCGAUUUCUGAUUUGCCACCUCCAGAACCAUAUGUACCAACGACCAAAAGUUAUCCCAGCAAAUUGCCAAGAAAUGAAAGCCGAAGUGGCUCCAACCGAAGAGAAAGGGGUGCUCCACCACUCCCCCCCAUUCCUAGGUGAUCCUUGCCUGCCCUUCUCCGCCCAAGCUCAAGAGCUGCUUCCGUUGUUGCUAUCUGAGAGUCACACAUCCUCCUCCCCUUUGCCCUCCCUUGUCCUCUUCAAAUAGGCAAUAAGGAAGAAGGGAACGUGAGGCGGGACUAUGUUAGGCGUGGAAGGGGGAAGUAGGGGUUGGGGGGCAGGAAUCUGAUUAUGAAAUGCACCCAGCUUUUUAUAUUGUGUAUAUUCUCCAAGCUCUUGCUUGCUUCAUCUACAGCCUGCUGGUGUUGGCUGCUUUGGGGUCGAUAGGCUUUUGUGAACUAGAGCCCAGCUUUUACCCAACCAAAUUCAAGCAUUCACUGCUUAUAUGCUACAGAUAUAUAAUUAUGAAAGUCCCUGAGAGCUGUUUACUUCCAUGCCUUUUUGCAUGCUUGGCCUCCUGCUUGUUUCCAUGAACCACAGACCACCUAAGCAAGUUUUGAGCGAGGGCCCCUGUGAUAAUUUGGGGGUUAUGGAUGGCCCCGUCUUUGGCAGUCUGAGGUGGGGUCUAAGACAGAGCUGUCCAAUAGAAAUAUGUGAGCCACAUACGCAAUUAAAAAGUUUCUAGUAGCCACAUCUUAAGUAAAGAGAACCAAGUGAAAUUAAUUUUAAUAAUAUAUUUAUUUAAUCCUGUAUAUCCAAAAUAUUAUUUCAACCUAUAAUCAAUACAGUAAUUACUAACUAGAUAUUUUACGUUUUUUGGUACUAAGUCUUUGAAAUCCUACGUGUAUCUUACACUCACAGCACAUCUCCAUUUGGACCAGCACAUUUCAGGUGCUCAACAGCCACAUGUGGCUGGUGGCUGCUCUGUUGGACAUCACAGGUCCGGAAGAUGAAGGCUGGUGCAAAAGCCUCUUGUGUAUGGGUUUAGUUUGGUUUGGUUUUUUGAAGGGGCCAGAUGAGCUUCAGCAAUUCAAGAGACAACUUAAGAAUAAAGUUAGGACCCAUACCUUGGCAGGCAGCUUCAUCUUAGAGUUUGCUCCCUUAUUUUUCCUCUUUCAUUAAUGUCUGUAUAGAAGUGUUGCUUCACAUUACCAAGGUCAGAAAUUGAUCUAAUACAGUUUACAGUCAUAUGGAAUAAAGCCAUUGGAGACAGACAGAAGGCCUGUGGGGUCUUCCAGGUGCAGAGCCAGCUGGCCUAGGAGCUGACCCCUCAGUUGGACGAUUGCCUUGUGGGGUCUGUUCCUCUCCCGCUGAGCUCUGUCCACUGGACGGGAAAGGCUCUCACAGUGGGGGCGGGAAAGCCAGGGAAAGGCUUCACAUCAGAAACAGGGAAUAAGGGAACAGAUUUCAGUUGAUGAGCAAAGCUCUAAAAAUCUUAUUCUGAUGCUAAUGGCACUGAGAGCUUUAGGGAGAAAGCUACCGGAAAUUGGAGGGAAUUUGUUUGAAUCUCACAAGGAGAAUCAUUUGUCUUGGAUCUAUGCAAAUAAAGCUCCCCUAAAGGACCAUGGGAUGAGCCAGACUUGCCUUUUUUUUAAUCUGGUUUUUUUUUUCAAAACCUUACUAGGACUUUUAAAUGUAGCUAUAGAGUUGGAAAAAAGUAUUUCCACUUAGAUGUUUUAUAUGGUUGAAUAUGUCUAAAAUCACCAUUACUUAUUUUUUAAAAGCACACAACCACAUAUGCAUAUCUCUCUAAACUUUGUGUCAUGGUUUCAGUGUAUUGUUCUUGAGUUGCUAGGAAUUCUAACAAGAAAUCAAUCCAAAGAAAAAUUUGAAAAAUGCAUUUUUAUUUAAAGAAUAAAUCAUUGUUUCAUUUAUAUAAAACAAGAGAACUUAGGGAUGUCUAACAAAUUAUGAAGUUACCAAUUUGAAUACAUUGUAUUUUUGUAACUUUCCUUGCCAAAGCCCUGGCCUUGAUACAUCACAGAACUUGUUUUCUCCCCCUGUUUUGUAUUAUUCAUCUAUCUUCCAAACAGUCAUUUGGGGCUCUUUACUUAAAAAGAAUCAAGAAAUACAAAGGUGUAACAAGCUUGGCAAAAUAUUUUCAAAAAUGUAUUUUAUCUUUGACAUUUUGGUAAUUUAGCAGCAUCAUUUUAUUUUGCUGAUCUGGCUUCAAGUGAUGAACAUCCCAUGAUAAAGCCUAAUGACCCACUUCAGAAAAGAUGGAGUUUGGCUUUCCUAGUGAAUAUAGCAGAGAAAAGUCUGUACCAGAGUAAGUGAGUCUAAAUUCUGUAAGUGUUGAUGAGAAUUACCAAUUUCCUUAUAUCCCAACUUUGCAGAGACCAUCCUAAUGUUUAAAACAGGGUCAUAGCUCAAAGUUGCCAUUCAUCCAUAAUAGGUAUGUUUUAGAAUGUAUUUUUUGAGUGAAUGUUUCAUUAGUUCACCUACACUCUUUCAAAAGUUAGCAACCUAAUUGCAUCCCAAACUUUGAAUAUGUUCUAUGCUAAAAUCUUAAACUAUGGCAAAUCACAAAAUUGAUUAUUUUCUUCCCUGAAAUCAGGGCUUACGUGUGCUUUUUUCCAUAAAAUUUCCAGAUAAAUGUAUUCAAGAUGCAAUAUGGUAUUUUAACAUUCACAUAUCAUUUUAUAUUGAAAUGUAUUACAGUAUUAAAAUUCAGUGUUCGGUAUUUAUUUCACUAUGCAUUUUAUUUAGUAAAAGCCAAGAAAAAUGUUUAAUCCAAUGGUGCCUUACUUUGUGAUUUGAAAGAAGUCAACUUUUUAUGUCUAAGUAGCAGAUUAUUUGCAUAUUUGUAAAAACUGUUAGGCCUUUAUAUUUUAACUUGUAAUACCAGUUUUAUUCUUUUAGUAGCAGAAAUGAGAUGACUUAAAGUCCCCAACAAAUUUUGACAUGAAAUUAAUUUUUCCAUGUUUAUAGUCAGAGACUGUAGAAGGGAGAAAAAAUUAUUUUCAUACCACUGCACUAUGUAAACUUGCACAGUUUGGUAUCUAGAUCAACAGGAUAGUUUAAAUGGUGGUGUAGAUUCUACCCUACACAUAUGUCUUUGUAAAUGAGCCAGAUAAUAAAUAAAGCAGAAUAUGAGUGUCAACUGGUGGUUUUUUUUAAGCAUUGUCUAUGUAAAUAUAAAUGAAAAAGCAAGUGUCUGUUUUCUGCUUUAUACUGUGGUAAAGAAAGACAAACUCAAGAAAUAAAAUGGUCCAUAUAAGUAAA